AUGGUCACAAGCGUUCCUGAAGAGCUGUCACCUGAAGAGCCGUGCAAAGAAGAAUCUGUAAAUACCUUAGAAAACUCUUCAAGUGAUGAAUACCUUUCCGAUGACAAUGAUGAUCCAGCCUACAUACCCGAGCGUUCAGUGGAGACACCAGUAUGUAAUAUUAAUUUGCGCCCACGUAGAGCUGUCCAGUAUGCAGAGAAAGAUGACCAUGAUCAGGUAUUUUACACUCAAGAGGCUUCGUUGGUGGGAGUUGUACGUGAGGUACAUACAGACUACAAGGAGAUCCCUCAUCUGUUCGAGAUCAGGCCGCAGUUCACAUCGUGA